UGCUCAUUUUUGGACACACACACACUGUGGGAGAGCUCAGACACACACACAUACAAAAAAAAAAAGCCAGCCUUUGGAGUGGCGCUGUCACACAAAUACAACAACACACUCGGAGAGCAAAGCAAACACUCUCCUUCUUUCUUGCUCUCUCACCCUCUCUCUCUCUCCUCCCUCCCAUCCCCACACACAAACACACACACAUAUCCACACACACACACACCACUACAGUAUAUCAGCCAGCGACUAGCGGAGAGCCAGAGGGGAGUGCAGAAAUGAAUGUGAAGAUCCUGACGCUGGUGAUUGUGCUCCUGGUGUCUCUGCUGUGUUCUGCCAGUGCUGGUCCGAUGGCCUCCACGGAACAUGGCCGGGAGCUGGGAGAAGCAGCUUCGGUGAGGAAACUGGUGCAGCAAAAUCCCGUAAGAGGCGGUCAGACCCACAGACCAGCCGGCUGGAAGAGGAGACGUCCACGGCCCCGUCUUUCCCACAAGGGACCAAUGCCGUUCUAGACCAAGGCACUGCUUAGAGCGCCCUCCCCCAGGUUGUGAUUUCUCUGCUCUUCCUUUGCCUUGGGGAGGCCUGCAGCCGAGGGCCUACGCUUGCCCAGCCUGAAGAGUGAUGUCCAUAGCACCUGCUGGUUCUUCAAGCAACUCUGUCCACAAGAUUUGAGGAAAAAAAAAAAAAACCAACGACAAAAAUCAGGACAAAGCCGCUCGACCCUCCGCUCUCACAGGGGGUGAGGGGGGGAAUGGCGGGAGGGCCGUGAUGUGGGGGUGGGUGGCGGUGGAGAGGCAUCUAUCCCUCCUUGAUCCCGUUCCGUCUUCUCGCAAAUGUCAUCUUUUUUUUUUUUUUUUGCGCUUCAUAGACGCCAACACACACUUCAUUUCCUUCGACUCGACUCUCAUCCCGCCACGCGACUGUUAACUGGCAGCGGCGGUCCGCUCCGGUGCCCCGCCCUUCUAACGAAGUGCCAAAUAACCAUGGCCGUAGGGAGGAAACAACUCCGAUUUGACCAGUCCUUGGCUCCUGGCCCCGCCCCCCUUUUUGAGCGACUAUUCCGCCACAAGCACUGCAGGUGUCUAAUGACGUAGCCUAAUGCUAACCAAAUGCUAAAUGCCUUUUUUCCGUUCUACUGGAUCACUCUUCCACGUUCAUCUCGACAUUUAUUUUUCUCAGGGUGCUAAGAUAGGAUGCUUACUUUUAUUUACAACAUUUAAACAAUAUAUAUAUAUAUAUAUAUGUAUUUAUGUCUAUGUAUGUGUAUAUAUAUAUAUACAUACACAGUACGUAUAUGUGUAUAUACAUAUGUAUUUAUGUAUAUGUAGAUAUAAGUACAUAUGUAUAUAUAUAUAUAUAUAUAUAUAUAUACAUACAUAUACACACAUAUAUAUGACUAAAGAGCAUUAUUUCCGUGUAUUACCGUUAUAGCCAUGAUCUUUUGCCUACUUUGCAGAUGCCUUGCCAUGCCGCCACGGCACAGGUGGCGGAGGCUUUGAUCAUUACCCUCGUUAAAAUGGCGAGAGUUAAUCUUUCUCAGAUGGAUCUUGCCCCCAACGCCAACCCCACCCUCCCCCUCUACCAGCCCCCCAAUCCAAGACUGACUGGGGUCAUGUAGUCUGAGCUCAUUGUCAAAUUGGCUUACAGACCCUAAAACCAAAAGCCCUCAACGCCCUCCAUCACCGGUCCAAUCCGCAUGGUCCAGACCACGACAAGGCAGCCUUCUUUUAUGUCAGGCCAGGGGUGUCCAAAGUGCAAGUGGUCUGCAGACUUCUUUCUGAUUGGCCCACAGAAUAUUUUUCAAAAACAACAAGGAGGAAAAAAAAAACACGUAAAGUUUUGACAUGUUGAACAUUAUCCACAAGACAUUACAUCAGUGGUUCUACAACUUUUUCCACCAAGUACCACUUGGCUCUCUAAGUGCCACGAUAAUUACCACCAUUACAACACAGUAGCAAAGUAGGCCUAAAUACUCAUUAAAAACACGGCAGAGUUUGUAUUUACCAAGUAUAUUUAAAACCUUUAGCCACACGCAGUUUGAAUAGUAACACUGUGUUUGAACAUUUAACGAAAGGAUUAUUUGGCGUACCACUAGAUGGAGCCCGCGUACCACAGUUUGAGAAUCACUGUAUUACACCAUAUUACCCUGAGCCUAAACUACAUCAAAUUGGUAAUGCUGCGUUUAGACCAGGGGUGUCAAACUCAAUUUUAGCUCAGGGCUGGUAAAAUGAUGGCAUACGAACCUAAAAAAAUAAAGACAACUUCAAAAAUGUUUUCUUUAUCUCACUCUGGCCAAAAAUAGAACAAGCACAUUCUGAAUAACAAAUAAUCCUCUUGGCGAAACACUUCAAGUUAGUUAAAAACAAUUCUGAGGAAAAAAAAUGGGUUCAGUUUCCAAAUCACCAUGAAGAACACGAUAAACUUUACAAAGCCAACUUUAAGCAUUAGUGACAUCCGCAACUGCCACAACACAGUCAUUUAUCAUCAUUCAAAUAUUACACUAUAAUAAAAAACAAAACAACUGUCAAAAUGACACCAUGAUACAUGAAUUAAAGGUAACAUAAGUACAAACCUAACCAAUGUGAACAUGCUAGAUUCAAGCAUAAAAUAAAAUAGACCCAACGAAUGUAGAAACAGACUUUUUUACAAUGGAGUUCAGGAUGCGCAUCGUGCCGUUAACAAACUGCGAGCAUUGCACGGCACUCUAACUACAAAGAUGAUGGUCAUGUUGACUUAAGUCUUUGCAUCUUACCGUUUGGUUAUUUUAUCCGUUGAGUGGAUAAUUUACAAUGAAAGAAGGUUUUGUGCGUCGAUACAGCAUCAGUCUGCCGCCAUCUGCUGCCAGCCACAACAGGAGGAGCUGAUCACUCGCACCUGCGCUGAUUGGAGUGGCGGCAACCAAUCCAGAAGGCGCUUAAAGUCAGCUGACACGUCAUCUCUGAACAAUGUCAUGUGUAACAUGGUUUACACUUUAAUUGCUAUUGUGAGAUCCAGUGGACACAUUUGGAACAGCAGUAUUUUUCAUAAAAAUAUUGCAGCUCAUUUUUAUACUUGGCAAACACAUCUUGCGGGCCAUAUUGAACCGUACGUUUGACACCCCUGGUUUGGACGGUAUUCUUCACUUUCAUAAAAAAAGAGAAGAAAAAAAAUUGCAAAACGAAAGAUCGUCUAAUUUCCGAGGUUUAAAAAUGUAUAAAACCACUGUAAAACUAAGUCCUCUGCAGUGGACAUUUGUUUUUGGUCUAUUUUGUCAGCGUUUCGGAAAAUAUGAAAAAGACAAAAGGAUAUAUGAGGAAAUGCGCUCUUUAAAGGUAUAUUUUAGAAGUUUUUGAGCAGGUAUAAAUAGAGUAUAAAAUAGCUGCAAUGGCGUGUUCAAUAUAAAUAUAAAUAUUUACACGAAUAUAAGAUGGUAUUUUCUGCUGUGAAAAAAAAAAAAAAAAAAUUUUGUGUCCCAACCUUAUUUUCAAGUUUGAGACAUUUACAUAACCAACCUUUUUUUUAUUUUGGAAAAUAUUAUCUCUGUUAUGAAAAACACACAGUCCCCUACUAUAGCUGACACAGUUAUUUUUACUAUAUAUUUUUUUCUUCAAUAUGGCCGACGCAUACUUUUGACUUUUCAUAUGAUUUCCUGGUGGAAAAAGUUUGGACGCCCCUGAACUAAAGUAUCGAUAUUUUGAUUUGAGGAUCAUUAAUGGAGCAUACCCAGCUGGCACAAGACAUUGAUACAACGUUGAUCAUAUAUACGUGUCCUUUAAAAAACAAUCUUGCAAAAGAGUUGUAUUUGUAAAUUGAGACAACGUUGGAUCCACGUUGUUGGUAGGGAAAUGACCACAUUUCAAAAGUCAAAUCAACGUCAGAACCCAUUGUUGAUUAAACGUUGUCAAAAAGCAUGUUGUUUCAACGUUGUAUUUGUGUUGUGGAAUAUUGGUUGGGAAAUAACCAAAAUUCUAGGGUAAAAUUAACGUCAGAACCCAAAGUUGAUUAAACAUCACCAAAAAGCAUGUUGUUUUAACAUUGUAUUGGUGUUGUGGAUAUUGGUUGGAAACCGACCAAAAUUCAACAGUCAAAUCCACGUCAAAACCCAACAUUGAUUAAACUUCAUCAAAAAGCAUGUUGUUUCAAUGUUCUAUUAGUGUUGUGGACACUGACCAAAAUUCAACAGUCAAAUUAACGUCAAAACCCAAAGUUGAUUAUACAUCGCCAAAAAGCAUGUUGCUUAAACGUUGUAUUAGUGUUGUGGAAUAUUGGUUGGGAAAUGACCGAAUUUCAACGGUCAAAUCAAUGUCAAAAGCCAACAUUGAUUAAAUGCUGUCAAAAAGCAUGUUGUUUCAACGUUGUAAUAGCGUUGUGGAAUAUUGGUCGGGAACUGACCAAAAUUCAACAGUCAAAUCCACGUCGAAACCCAACGUUGAUUAAACGUCGUCAAAAAGCAUGUUGUUUCAACGUUGUGUUAGUGUUGUGGCAUAUUUGUUGGGAACUGACCAAAAUUCAACGGUCAAAUCCACAUCAAAACCCAACGUUGAUUAAACAUCAUCAAAAAGCAUGUUUCAAUGUUUUUUUAGUGUUGUGGAAUAUUGGGCGGGAACUGACCAGAAUUUCAACGGUCAAAUCAACGUCAGAACCCAACGUUAAUUAAACGUUGUUAAAAAGUAUGUUUUUCUAACUUUGUAGAAUAUUGGUUGGGAACUGACCAAAAUUUCAACGGUCAAAUCCAAAUCAAAACCCAACGUUGAUUAAACGUCGUCAAAAAGCAUGUUGUUUCAACGUUGUGUUAGUGUUGUGGCAUAUUUGUCGGGAACUGACCAAAAUUCAACGGUCAAAUCAAAGUCAGAACCCAACGUUGAUUAAACGUCGUCAAAAAGCAUGUUGUUUCAACGUUGUGUUAGUGUUGUGGCAUAUUUGUUGGGAACUGACCAAAAUUCAACGGUCAAAUCCACAUCAAAACCCAACGUUGAUUAAACGUCAUCAAAAAGCAUGUUUCAAUGUUUUAUUAGUGUUGUGGAAUAUUGGUCGGGAACUGACCAAAAUUCAACAGUCAAAUUAACGUCAGAACCCAACGUUGAUUAAACGUCGUUAAAAAGUAUGUUUUUCUAACGUUGUAGAAUAUUGGUUGGGAACUAACCAAAAUUUCAACGAUCAAAUCCACGUCAAAACCCAACGUUGAUUAAACGUCGUCAAAAAGCAUGUUGUUUCAACGUUAGGUUUGAUUUGCUCAACGUCAGGACCUAAUUCAACAAGUUCUCAACGUUGUUUCAACGUCUUGUGCCUGCUUGGUAACGAUCUGGCAUGUUACUACCACAGACACCAGCACUGCAGUUCGUGGUCCUCCUUUUAGAGAACAACUGACCAAUGAAGUCGCCUCUUUUUAACCAGCGUCAUGUUGAGAACGUGACUUGAAUCUCCCAUAGCUCGUUUUUGUCAUUUUAAAUGAGUUGAAGCCCUGGGUGGAAAAAGGUUUGGACACCCCCGCCUGACUCGAUGAAGGAUUCUGCUGGCUUUCUGGCCGUGUCUCAUGUGAGUCCACAACGUCCGACUGAUUUCAAAUGUAUUAAAUCCUGGGGCACUGUGACGACUCCUACCCUUAUUAUUAUAUUUCUUUACUUUCAUGUCACUCAUGCUCCCUAGGGCGCUCUAACCGAGUUCCAUGUGAGCUCCUUUGGAGUAGACCGGAAAGGCUUUGAAUAAAUCUCUUCCGACCCCCCCGCCCGAUCCCUGCGGUCAAAACCGAGGCGCAUGUCUGUACCAGAGUGAAUGUAUCCUGGCCAUCUGCACCUGCCACCUUCCGGAGAGCAAAGCCAACCCGACCCUAUUUUUUUUUCUUGGGCAUCUUUGCUGAGCAGAACUCCACAAUGUCAACCAAAAAAAAAACCUGGCUUGUUCCAAGACCCUUCUAACUCCCCGCCAGGCUACACUGUGUAUUGUCUCUCGCUUUAAAAAAGGUUCGAUUCCUCGUCUAAGUUUGUUGGUUGUCCAAAGAUGGAUGGAUGGAUGGAUGGAUUGAUGGAUGGAGGGGGGCGGGACUACAGUUUUGUGGAAGUAAAAACACAAAAAAAGAAGUAUGCAGCACAAUUAUGUCACGUGAAAAAGCCAAAGUACGGCACCGAGGGGAGCGUUGUUUUGUUUUUACUUUACUGGGCCUAUUGCACAAAUAUUCACUGUUAAAGGGGACCUAUGAUGACACCUCCAUGCGGUCUAGAUUAGGGGUGUCCAAACCUUUUUUCCACUGAGGGCCGCAGACUGAGGGCCAUUGUUGAUGUUUGUCAAAAAAGUGUUAAAAAUAUAUUGCCCCAUUCGUCACGGUUUACCCGACACAUGAAACGUGACGAAUUGUUAGGUACGCUGUCCGUUGUGGUCGGUGGCGUGUGGAAUAUGUUAAAACGUGUUUUCCGUGGCAAUUCCAACGUCAGUUUGCAUGUAGAGUGGCGCUUUCCAUCAUUUUCAGCAGACUGCAUUGUAAAGUGAUUAACCAACCAUUAGAAUGGGGCCAUAGGAAUCCCUUCCUUACUGGAUAUUACUAUUUUUUUAUUUUUUUUUUACUUUUAACACUUAAAGAUAUAUGGAUCCACUUCAGAUCUAUCUGUUGCCAAAUAGUUUUUAUUUUUUGAUUUGAUAUUUUUUGAUUUGACCAUUUAAAUUUGGUCAGUUUUCCAACCACAAGUAUACAACACAAAUACAACGUUGAAACAACAUGCUUUAUUGACAUCGUUUAAUGAACGUUGGGUUCUGACGUUGAUUUGACCAUUGAAAUGUGGUCAUUUACCAACCAAUAUUCUACAACACAAACCUAACAUUGAAACAACAUGCUUUUUGACAAUGGACGUUUAUUUGACUAUUGACUUUUGGUCAGUUUUCCAACCACAAAUAUACAACACAAAUACAACGUUGAAACAACAUUCUUUUUGACAACGUCCAAUCAACGUUGGGUUCUGACAUGGAUUUGAUCAUUGAAUUUUGGUCAUUUCCCAACCAACAACGUGGAUCCACCAAUGUUGUCUCAAUUAACAAAUACAACUAUUUUGCAACGUUGUUUAGAAGUUAGUUUUAAAGGACAUGUACGUAUAAUCAACGUUGUAUCAACCGUUCUGUGCCUGCUGGGCUGGGCGUUGUGGUGCAGAAGGACGAGCAGGUCCAGGCUGAAACGUUAGACCGACACAUUACGCCCCACCAUUUGCCCCUAAUGGUCUUUUCUAGCAGGAGAAACCGUUCCUCGCCUCGCAAAUGUUUCCUCUUUUGUCCGUGACCAUCGCCCAGGCCAAAGUGAUGUUCCUAUGCACUUGUUAGCAUGUUUGUUCACUGACACGCCUCCUUUACCUUGUCCAUUUGGCCGGGAGUCAAGACGCUCGAUUAAAAAAAAAACACACACCUUGCAAAAUUGAUGCGAAAUUAGACAAAAAAAAAAAACAUUCCAUGAUUUUUGUAUUUUUUUUUUUAGCUUCUCCGAUGUGAGCGAUACUCAAUCCCGCCGUCUAGGAUAACUAGGUUUGAUCCCCCGUGGGAAACAAGCGCGAUCCGUCAUUAUCUAGGAGCCUGGAAAAUGAGAACCGCACCGAGAAUAGCACACGAGCCGCCGCCCCCCUCGCCCCGAUUGUGACACAUUCUCCAUCGACGUGCGCGACAUGCUCGGAGAUAAGUGUUACCAGCUCUACAAAACAACAACAACAACAAUGUAUUACUCCUAUAUUCUGUUCCAAAAAGAAAAGAAAAAAAAGGUGUGCUCAAUAUUACUCACCAGGCCAAAUGUACAGUCCCCCGUUGUCUCUGUUUUGGUGUUGAACUGGGCAAGAAUAAACAACAUAAAUAAAUGAAUAAGUCAAAUAAAAACAAGUGUAUCAGAAAUGGUUGAAAUGCUGUGUACAUAUUUGAACUUUUUGGUUUCUAAUUUAUAAAAAAAAAAAGACAAACAAACGAGAUAAGCUUUAGCUCUUGGAGUACUUAUUUUAUUUUUUUCCUUUUCAAGCGUAGCUUUGUGUUUUUUAUUUUCUAUUUCUGUAAAGUGUGUAAAUAUAUCUUUAUGAUAAUAAGUAAUAUUAAAAAAUCUUAUUUUAAGAAAAA